AUGAAGGCAGAAGAUAUUUUCCCUCCUGGUGACUAUCGCUCUCCUCCUGAUGUACAUUACAGCGUUAUUGAUCACAUCAACAAUGCAACCGACAAAAACAAUACCGCAAAUUGUCUGCUAUUCAUAACGGGCAGCCGGAAGGAGGAAAAGCCCGUUUGGAAGAUUGACCCGGUUUAUAAUUACACGAGGAUUGUGAUCAUCAGCUUGCAAGGUGCCAAUUUUACCAACAACGUUGAUAUUACAAGAGGCGUUUCCCGGAACGUAGACCUUGAGCAUUUCAAUGAGUCUGACAUCCAAGCUGUAUACGAUGAAAUUAUGCGGGGCUUCAAGAGGAAUUGGACUUACAUGUACUUGAACGAAGACACUGAGUACCAGUAUGUCUAG